CAACUUUAAAGCUAAAGAAGGAAUCGGCAGAGCUGGAGAGUGCCCUGAAUUUGGCUAACAAGAAGGGUGAUAAUAAAUGUAUUUCAAACGAAGAGCUCCAAAAAAAUCUGACGGAUCGACUCCGUGCCUGUGAUGCUGCCCUGCUCAACAGGACCGAGGAAAUGAAGCGGCAGAUUGUCCUGCUCAGGGAACAGAAUACAGAGGGAAGCAGCCAGAGUUUGUCUGAACAGAAUAGCUCAGAAUGCAUUUUGAAUGAAGAAAAUGAGCUCUCCACACUCUCAGACAAUCUGACUGCAUGUCUCGAAGACAGAGAUGAAAAACUCUCUUUCAUAUCCCAAGAGAAAGCCCUGCUGAACACCAAGGUCAGAAAGACAAGUGAAGAGUUGCUCCGGCUUUGCCAUCUUUUUAAAAAUGCAUCGUGUCCUGAAGACUGGGAAAAGGUAAAUUGUUCUUGUUACAUAACCUUUGGUCCUGGUACCUGGGAUGAAGCCAGAAAGGACUGCAUAAGCAAAGGAGGAGAUCUGCUGGUGAUAGAGGAUGAAGAUGAACUGAAUCGUUUAUAUGAAAAGAAACAGAAACCUGGUUAUGAAGCUUGGAUUGGUCUGACUGACAGAGAAACUGAGGGAUCCUGGCAGUGGCUAGACGGAUACUCUAUGACUUCGAAGUUGUCGGAGACGUAUCAGCCUGAUGGAGACUCCAAGCAGGAGGAGAAGGAUUGUGCCCAAAUAAGAAAGAAUGAUGACGGUUGGGACUGA